AUGCUUCUCUUUCCCCUCCUCACCUAUAAAUCCAUCAGCUUAGCACCAACACUUGAUCAGUCCAUCAGCAAGCGAAGCACUACACCAACUAACUCACCAAGUAGCUAAACACUAGCUACCUGUUAGCCAAGCAAGAGACGGGAACAUGGUCAGCGCCAAGAGACUUGUUCAAAUGGCCAAGAAGUGGCAGAGGAUGGCUGCCAUGGCUAGGAGGCGGAUCGCACUGACGCCGGCGAAAGGAACCACCGAGGUAUCGUCGUGCAGCACUUCGUCGGUGGCUGGAAAGGGCCACUGCGUGGUGUACUCGGCAGACGGAAGGCGGUUCGAAGUCCCGCUGGCGUACCUCGGCACCGCCAUCUUCGGCGUGCUCCUGAGCAUGUCGCAAGAGGAGUUCGGGUUCGCCGGUGGCGACGGCAGGAUCAUGGUGCCCUGUGACGCCACCAUCAUGGAGUACGUGAUGUGUUUGCUUAGAAGAGAUGCAUCGGAAGAGGUGGUGAGGGCGUUCCUAAGCUCCAUGGUGAAGCCUUGCCACUGUGGAAAUGGCUUGGCGCAAUCCAUGGGAGUUAGCCAGCAAGUUGUGUUCUAGGUUCUAAGGAUUAGCAGUUUAGCACUUAGAUUCUUUUAUCAUUCUUGAAUUGAGAUAUAUAUGUAAAUAGCAUUGUGAGAGACCCAGAAAUGGAACUUAGUCGGGAGUAAGGGUUAAUUGGAUUUGUGCCAUUAUAACUUCACUGUUUUUUAAGUAUACCAUUACUAUUCAAUAAACUAUGCCAAUGCCAUUAUAA